UGCAAAAUCCAAACUUGGGCCUUUCAAGCAAGUAUGAUUUCAUUCUACAGUGAAUCUGAAGAUGGUCAGCAGCCAACCCAAGUAUGACCUGAUCCGGGAGGUGGGCCGUGGUAGCUACGGUGUGGUGUACGAGGCUCUAGUGCGAAGGACCUGCCAAAGAGUAGCAGUGAAGAAAAUCCGCUGCCAGGCGCCCGAAAAUGUUGAGUUGGCAUUGCGUGAGUUUUGGGCUCUGAGCAGCAUCCAAAGCCAGCAUCCAAAUGUAAUCCAUUUAGAGGAAUGCGUGCUGCAAAGGGAUGGCACAGUGCAACGCAUGUUACAUGGCUCCAACUCUGCACUAUACCUUCCGUUGGUAGAGACUUCUCUAAAGGGCGAGAUUGCCUUUGACCCACGCAGCACCUAUUGUCUAUGGUUUGUGAUGGAUUUCUGUGAUGGAGGGGACAUGAAUGAGUAUAUCCUGACCCGAAGGCCUAGCCGUCGCACCAACACCAGCUUUAUGCUACAGCUAAGCAGUGCACUUGCAUUUCUUCAUAAAAACCAGAUCAUUCACCGUGACCUAAAGCCUGACAACAUUCUUGUUUGUAAGUCCCAUAAUGGAUUGGAUGAACCUACCCUGAAAGUGGCUGACUUUGGGCUUAGUAAAGUAUGUUCAAGCUCUGGACUGAAUCCUGAGGAACCUGCUAGUGUUAACAAGAGCUUUUUGUCUACUGCCUGUGGCACAGAUUUCUACAUGGCCCCAGAGGUUUGGGAAGGACACUACACUGCCAAGGCAGACAUUUUUGCAUUGGGUAUUAUUUUGUGGGCUUUGUUAGAAAGGAUUACAAUUACAGACACUCACACUAAAAAGAAGCUGCUGGGCGGCUAUGUACAAAAAGAAUCCCAAGUAGUGCCAGUGGGAGCGGCUCUAUUAGAGAACCCGAAAAUGGAGCUCCCUCUACCCAUCAAGAAGAAGUCUAUGAAUCGACAUAUGAAGCAGCUGCUUCAUCAGAUGCUGUCAGUGAACCCUCAGGAGCGUCCUGAUGCCUUUCAGUUGGAACUCCGACUCAUUCAGAUUGCUUUCAGAGACUAUAGUUGGGAGACGUGACAGCCACCACCAGUGCAAUUGGGGUUAUCCAAGUCUGCUGAGCAGCUUGUAAAGGGGGCUAACGCUGACUUUGAUUUGUAACCUUAUACCAAGCCUGAUAAUUGUACAGUGCGAGAUCAAGCUUGCCGCAAAAACUUACGUUACCUCCCUGCUCCUUGUCAGCGCAUUCUGAGCAUGGCAUAAGAUAUACCUUAAAUCGGUUUCAUUUGCAGGACUCUAGUAAUGCUUUUUAAAAACACUGAACAUCUUUGAUAUACAUUUCUUGUUCUUGCUUCACAGAAUCUAGCCCUAAUUGGUAGCAAUUAUUUUGAUAACCUGUUUUAAGCUGUGUUGUGCCCUAUAAUGGAAUACCUCAAGGGCAUUGGCAGUGUUGUCAUAGGUAACUAAAAGGAGUACAGGAUGCACCUUCCAGUGCUGGUGGGUUCCUUGCAGAAGAUAUAUGAUAAGCUGCUAUGGUAUGGAUGUGUAUAUAUGUAAUCUCUAUUUAUUGAAGCGUAUGUUCAGUGUGGAUGGGUUUGUGAAAUGCAGUUGGACGACUGCAUAAUGUAAUGGAACAUUGAUAAUUCUUUUUGAUAGUGUGCAUCC